AUGCAUUUCUCCACCACCCUCCUCGCCUCAAUGGCAGCUCUACUCCCCCUCGCCAACGCCGUCGGCCACGCAAUCGUAAAGAACAACUGCGCCGCCCCCGUCUAUAUCUGGUCCGUCGGAAGCUCUGUCGGCCCAAAACAAACCAUCGCAGCAGGCAAAUCCUACUCCGAAGUCCUCCGCCAUGAUCCCGUAUCUGGUGGUAUCGCGAUCAAGAUCACCACUACCGCAAACGGUCUAUAUGACGGUAGUGCGCAGACUAACUUCGCUUAUACCCUUGAUGGUAGCCAGGUCUGGUACGAUCUGUCUGAUGUGUUUGGAGAUCCGUUCUCUGGGAAGGGACUUUCUGUCGAUCCUUCUGUGGCUAGCUGUCCGGAUAUUUGUUGGCCGAAGGGUGUUUCGCCUAGUGGUAGUCAGACGCAUGAUUGUACUUCUACUUCGGAUGUUACUUUGACUCUUUGUGCGAAGAAGUGUUAA